AUGGAUGUUAGACUUUUGCUGUUAGCUCUGGGUAUCAUUGCUGCGAUGUUUGGUGUUGUGGCAACCAGGUUCGGCUUUCCUGGGUUCAACAAAAUUGCCCAGGUCGCGCUCGCAUUGGCACUGCUUCCCGUGGUCUGCAGAUUUCAUCGGAAGCUGUAUAUCAUUUGCAAAGUUCUGCCUCGUGACUUAAAAUUUCUUUACCGUGCCGUUACCGCCGAACGCGAGGUGAAAGGGCAACGUAAAAAUAAUUUGACUGUCGUGAAGGUAUUUAAGAAAAGAGUGGAACGUUAUCCUAAUAAACCUUGUUUCUUCUUUGAAGAUCAAGUUUGGACUAAUUCUGAUAUUAAUAAAUAUAGCAACCAGAUAGCGAACAUCUUUCAAAAAGCGGGAUACGUGAAGGGGGAUGCUGUGGCUUUAAUGAUGUCGAACAGGCCAGAGUAUGUCGCGAUCUGGCUCGGUCUGGGAAAACUGGGGGUCGUCACGGCUCUGAUUAAUACAAAUUUACGUCUGCAAUCGUUGAUUCAUUGUCUUCGUAUCGCUGAAGUGAAGAGUAUCAUUUAUAUGGAAGAAUACUCAUCUGCCCUUGAUGAUAUUAAGGACUCCAUUCAAGAAAUGGUGAGAUACAAAGUAUGCAAGAAGUCUGAGACCUCUGAGGAUGGAGUGUAUGAUCUAAAUAAACUUUUAUCGGAAGCUUCUACCGAGGAACCAGAAGUGAAGGACGAACCUAAUUAUAGGGAUAAACUGUUGUACAUUUACACAAGCGGUACCACUGGUUUACCAAAAGUGGCAAUAGUUCUCAAUUCCAGGUAUUUGUUGAUGGUAAUGCCCUUUUAUUUGCUGGGCAUGAGAUCGAAUGAUAUCCUAUACAAUCCAAAUCCAUUAUAUCACACAGCUGGUGGAAUGCUCGGAGUAGGUUUCGCGAUUCUCAAAGGUAUACCAUCCGUGUUAAGGACCAAGUUUUCAGUGACGGCUUAUUGGACAGAUUGCAUCAAAUAUAAUUGUACCGCAGCACAAUAUGUCGGUGAAAUGUGCCGUUAUUUGUUGAAUGCACCAUCUAGACCAGAAGAUAACGCGCAUCGUUUAAGACUAAUGUUUGGAAAUGGUAUGAGGCCUCAGAUUUGGAACGAGUUUGUUAAACGUUUCAAUAUUAAACGAGUUUCCGAGUUUUAUGGAUCUAGCGAAGGAAAUGCUAAUAUUGCUAAUUUCGAUGGCCGAAUUGGAGCCGUCGGUUUUGUACCAUUAAUUGUACCGCGAGUAUUUCAUCCUUUAGCAAUUAUUCGAGUAAACAAUGAGACAUACGAACCUGUUCGAGGAUCGAAUGGUUUGUGCAUAAGAGCAGAAACAAAUGAGCCAGGAAUGUUCAUAGGAUUAAUAAAAGAAGGAGACGCGUUGAGAGAGUUCAAUGGAUAUUUAGAUAAAGAAGCGUCGAAAAGGAAGAUAAUACAAGAUGUAUUUGCUAAAGGCGAUAAGGCUUUCUUGACAGGUGACAUUUUAGUAGAGGAUGAAUAUGGUUACAUUUUCUUCAAAGACAGAGUAGGCGACACAUUUAGAUGGAAAGGAGAAAAUGUUGCCACUGCUGAAGUGGAAGGUGUUAUUAGUAUUAUUGCAGGAAAAAGGGAUACCACCGUUUACNCGUUCAAGGUACCUGGGAUGGAAGGUAGAGCCGGAAUGGCAGCGAUAGUCGAUCCAGACAGCCUUCUGGACUUUAAAGCUCUUGCAGAAGGUUUAGAAAAGGCACUUCCAGCGUACGCGAGACCGAUCUUUCUGAGAAUUGUGAAAGAGCUGGAAAUGACGGGAUCAUUUAAAUUGAAAAAGGUAAACCUUCAAAAGGAGGGUUUCGAUCCAAGCAAAGUUCGAGACAAAAUGUACUUCUUAUCCGGUAACAAAGAGUACGUUGAGAUCACGCCGGAACUUUAUCAAGAGAUCAUUUCUGGAUCGAAGAAGUUCUAGUCAUCACAUAAACACCGCGCGUGUAACUCUUAAUCAUCAAAAAUACUUGUAAAUGUUAGAGACGAGUAUAUAAAUUUUUUUUACUACAUGAACAUGACUUUCUGCACGCGUCUUGUAGAUACAACGCAUAGGACUUCAUAUAAUAAUGUCUUACAUGUGAGACCAUAGAACCAUAGACGGAAGUUUUUCGGACUCACAAAGAAAAAGGAAAAAGUUAUUUUUACGAGAGCUUAACAAAAAAGAAAAGAAAAAAAAAAAGAAAGGAAGCUUAUUGCGUAGCGAGAGAAAAUUACAUUUCUGUCAUCAACGAGACAAAUAUGGUGACAUGUUCCUGUAUAUUUUAUAAAUGCUCUUUACAUUUUUAAUCGAAUGAAACGGUCCGUAGUAUAAGACAGAUUGGCAUUGUAGGUAGGAUGAUAGCAACGAAUAAAAUCAUAAAUAACACGUAACACUAAUUUUUCAUGAAAGAUACCUUGUUUACGGUGCACACGAAACUUUCUCAGGUCUGUAGACAAUUCAAUUUGUGAUUAUUGAAAAUUAAGAACGAAAGAAAUUACAUAUUUCUGCAGUAUUUAGUUUAAAUAUACAUAACUUGUCACACACUGUAUAACGUUAAAAAAUUUAUUACAUAUAUCUUUCUCCGAUUUGCACU